AUCGAAUAAAAUGAAGUAUCUCUCGAACCAUCAACAACAAUCUUUCUCUUUUCCUCUGUUUUAUUCUCCUGUGAUUAUCUAGAAAACCCCCAAAUAUUCCAGAAAAAACAUGAAUAGAAAUUUAAAGAAGGUUCAAGAUACUCUUCUCCACUCUCUACUUCCUAUAAAUAUGAACCCUAAUUCAUCUCUCACAAUCAUCAACCAGAAAUCCAAUCAUUGAGUAAAUUUUCUAGCUUUCAAUCAAACCACAAAAUCACUCACAUCUUCAACAUCAAAAAUCAAAAACAACAAUUAAUUCAACAAUGUCGCUAAUUCCAAGCUUCUUCGAAAACCGACGCAACAACAUCUUCGACCCAUUCUCCCUUGAUUUAUGGGACCCAUUUCAGAAUUUCCCCUUCAACGACAACUCUCAAUCUCUCUCCUCUGUUCGCGAAACCGCAGCAUUUGUGAAUGCUCGAAUGGAUUGGAAAGAAACUCCAGAAGCCCAUAUUUUUAAGGCGGAUUUACCCGGAUUAAAGAAGGAAGAUGGGAAAGUGCUUCAAGUCAGCGGAGAGAGAAACAGAGAACAAGAGGAGAAGAAUGAUAAGUGGCAUAGAGUUGAACGGAGUUCUGGAAAGUUCUUGAGGAGGUUUAGGUUGCCGGAGAAUGCGAAGAUGGAGGAGAUUAAAGCUAAUAUGGAGAAUGGUGUUUUAACUGUUACUAUUCCGAAAAUGGAAGAGAAGAAGCCUGAAGUCAAGUCUAUUGAUAUCUCUGCUUAAAUCACACUACUAUGGUCUUCUUUGUGGUUUUAUCUUGGUUUGUAGAUUGAGGUGUGUUGUGUUUUAGUUACUUUUUCUGAGUUUAAUUUCUGUAUGAUCGUUUUGUUGUCUACUUGUAAGUUGUAAACUUGUAACCAAAGAGCUGAUUAAUCAUGAAAUAAAAGUGAGUUGUUUCUAUUCAAAA